AAAACAAAAUUAAAUUUCUGGCCUCUGGGCUUCCAAGACUCGACGAUUCAGGUGCCAAAAAAAUCUGGAAGCUGCUAUCUUAAUGCGAGGGUUUAAUAUAAAGAGGCAGAGCGGCCAUAACCCCGGAAAAGAUAUCUAUCACUAGACAUAGUUAUUCAUUUGGUCAAGAUUUCGCCAAGUCUAAUUUAGGAUUCAGCUGCUUACUAAAACACCUUCUGAACACUCUCAUCUGGGUUUAGAUGAUUAAUAGUAUUUUGCUUUGUUUGUCAUUGUGGUCUGUGAUAAAGUUGGGAAUUUUAGACUAAAGGUGUGAUAAAGUUGGGAAUUUCGGAUGGAGUGCAACAGAGAUGAAGCGAUAAGGGCAAGAGAUAUUGCUGACAGGAAGUUUUUGGCAAAUGACAUUACUGGGGCAAAAAAAUUUGCAUUGAAGGCCCAGAGUUUGUAUCCUCAGCUGGAUUUUAUUUCUCAAUUUUUGGCAACACUGGAUGUCUAUGUUUGUUCGGAGAACAAGAUCAAUGGGCAAAUUGAUUGGUAUGGUAUGCUUGGUGUGAAUCCACUAGACAAUGAAGAUACUAUACGGAAACAGUUUCGAAAGUUGGCUCUUAUGAUUCAUCCUGAUAAAAACAAAUCUAAAGGGGCUGAUGGGGCUUUUGAUCUUAUAUCACAAGCAUGGAAUCUUUUGUCUGAUAAAUCAAAAAGAUCAGCAUAUGACAAAGCUUUGCAUGUUAAACCUCGAUCGGGCGGUUCAUCCAUACCACCAUCACAAUAUGGUUUCCACAAUUUUGCACCAGGUUCAAACAUGAAAGUUCCAAAGGAUAGUAGUAACUCUACUUAUUCCGCUCCACAUAAACAGAAACAAGAUCCUGCUCCUGUUUCAUCUUACCAAAGGAAAACUCAGAAUAGACAGAAGCCACAGACUGUUCCUGUCACAUCUAACAAAAGGCAACGGGUGUCCACUGCCCCUGAUCUACCUCAAGAACCGAACCAAGCUACAUUUUGGACAGCAUGCCAUGGAUGCAAAAUGCAACAUGAGUAUCCUAGAAAGUAUGUGAAUUGUAAUAUGCUUUGUCACAACUGCCGGGAGCCAUUUUUUUCGUUUGAAAUUGCACCACCAGUGCUCAGUGUCCGUGGUCCACCUCAAGGACUAAAGCAAACUACAUUUUGGACUGCAUGCCAUGGAUGCAAAAUGCAAUACGAGUAUCCUAGAGUGUAUCAUAAUUGCAAUUUGCUGUGUACUAAAUGCCGUGUGCCAUUUUUUUCAUUUGAAGUCACACCACCAUCUGCAAAGCAGGAAACUUCAGCUCAUGAUCGGAAGGGGGACAAGAGCAAUUCUAUGUCAGGAAUAUACAAAUCAGUCCGUGCAAAUGUGAAGUUCUGAGAAUUAUGGAAAAAAAGUUAAUCGGCUCCAUUUUCAAAAACUGAUGGUGCUGCUGCAUCUGCUGCUCAAGCAGCUAAUUCAGCAUGUUCUUCAGAUGGUGAAGAUGGAGCGGCAGCAACAGAAAGAGAGGUUACUUUGUGAGAAAUGAAGCAUGCCAAUGAGGGUGGAUAAUUUUGCAUCUUAUAGGACAUAGUGGUGCUUUAAUGAUAUGGAUAUUAAAGCACCACCAGUUUUGCUUAUUUGACAGUGAUGAUACUCUGCAAAUAAGAUGACAACGGAAGUACAAGUCCCAGGUUCUGAUUUUCACUAUUUUGACAAGUAUUGAAGUGAAAAUUGUUUCGAAUAUAAUCAAGUUUGGGCCUAGGUAAUAUGGCAUAGUUCACCAAGUAGAUUUGUAUAGAUCAUUUUAAGAUCUAUCAAAGUUAAGGGGGAGAGUGUAUUCAAAUCUAUAGUAGAAUCGGAGUUUAUUGCCUUCACAAUUAGUGUCCAAGUUAGAAUGAAUUGUCAUGUUGUGUACAGAGCAAUAUGAAUUCAGUACAACUUAUGGAAGGUAACUGUGAUUCUUCUAGGGAAAACUAUUGAACUCGGGCACUCUUCGGAGAUGUUUAUAGCUUGAUCUUGCUGUUGGUAAAAUAUUGAUGAGAUUUAUGUUGAUAGGCUACUUUAUGGUGCA